AGUAAAUUCUAACAUCACAUCUCCGAGAUUUCGUUUCUUUUUCUUUCUUUCUUUCAAUGUCAUUUCUUUUCAUUUAACAGACCACGUCAUCACUAAGCAGGACGAUGUUUUGAAUACAUGGGGAAAGUUUUACUUGAACAUCACAAAGACUUCGUAUAGUCUUUGGUUUCCUAAUGUAAGCCGGUCAAACGCUGGUCAAUACACCUGUGCCUUCACAUCUUCUGCAGGAGAACAACAAAUUAACUUUACGCUCAAUGUCUCAUAUCCGCCAGAAAUCAACAAGAUCCUACCCAAUAAGGCGCCGUUCCGUAGCUUGGACCAGCCGAGAAAAAUACUCGUCAACGAGACGGACAACGUAACCUUGUAUUGUGACGUAGCUGCUUCUCCUUCCCCGUACACUACUUGGCGUAAAGAUGGGGCGCCAGAGUUUGGAAUCUGUGCGAAUAAGAGUUUACCGCUGAUUGCAGUGACGCCUCGUCAGAGUGGUGACUAUACGUGCACCAGUGAGAAUUCACUGGGAGUGGUGACGGAGACGAUGAAGCUUGAAGUUCAAUAUGUUCCUCGAGUGCGUGCAGAGAUAGCCGAUCUACGGGGAGCAUCGGGCAAAUACCUCCUCCUGAAAUGCAGAGUAGACGCCAUUCCAAGGGCCCGCUUUCACUGGGAAAAAGACGGAGAGAUGAUUUCUUCCUUAGAUUUAGAUUAUUUUGUUAUUAUAUCUCUGGACCCUUCGAUCGAUUACGGUACAUACACCUGCGUGGCUACCAACCUUCUCGGCUCAACGCGUGCACACAUUAAUGUUACAGGCCUCCCCAUGAAACCCGUGGUAGUGAGUGAUCCUAAAGGAACAAGGAAGCACAUCUAUCAGUUGAGAUGGAGAACCAGUGUUGAACGACAAGAUGCAAUCACAGAGCAGUUACCCGUAGAUGCUUACGACAUCUCCUACAGAAAAGUAGUCACAGAGAUAUUGGAUGGAGGCCUGAAGAGGUUAAGAUACGAGCCCCUGGAAUCAAUGCAAGAGACCUAUCACACUGACGGAUGGAAGGAAUACCAUUCAUUGGUGUUGCGAGAUCUUUCUUUAAACAGCACUUAUGAAGGAAUCCUGUGCCCUCGUAACCAGUAUGGAAGCGGAGAGUGCACCAACUUUGCUUUCAAUACUGCAUUUGAGGACGGCUUGACGGAACCACCUCCGGUGAACCCUGAAACUGAACGGAUAGACCAUGGUUUAACAAUAAACCCGCCCUUGGAACAAGUUGGUAUUAAUGCUGCCACACAAAUAACGACGUCAUCGGCUGUUUGCAUCGUCACAACUAUUUUGUCCUUUCAACUUUGCACCGGAUACAGAUACAUAUCGUGACAUUGUAUGGGACCAUGAUAAGUGAUCAAGUCAUUUAUGAAUAAAGCACAUUCAGAAAGCUUUUCAUGAUAAUACAUGUAUAAUAAUAAUGUGAUUUCCAUCUCUAAAAUGACAUUAAUAUGAAAAUGUAUAAAUAUUGUAUGAAUGAUUUGUAAGGUAAUGUAUGGUAAGGAAUGAGAUAUUCCUGAUUACCAUUUUGUAAGUUUUAACUUUUGAAUGCAUCUCAUCCUCCCUCGCAUUAUGUUUACCAUCUUUCUUUCUCCUUAUCUCUUCCUAUCUCUCUUUCUUUUUUCCCCCUCUUUCUCUUCAUCUCUCUUUCCUUCCAUUUCUUUCACCUCCUCUUUCCAUAACAUUAGAACUGUAAAAAAGUUAUCAUAACUUUGGUUUUGAAGGUUUGUUUUGCCCAACUGCUAAGAAAGCAUGCGCAUUCUUGUAAGUAAGCAACCAGGGG